UUUUUAAAUUCGCAGAUGGAUAAUCCUAAUAAUAGUUUACUUGCUGAAGAUAAUUGUGAAAGUGCUUAUAGUGAAUCUGUUACUGAUGAUUACAAUACAGCAGAUUUGUCAAAUCUAAGUGGGUUGUCAAAAAUUUUAAAAGCAGAUGAUUCUAUUGCUGACAAAGUUCGAUGUUUACUAGAAGAAGACAAUGACGCAGAAUCUAUGGAAAAGCCAGAGUUAUUGAGCAUUGCAAAUGAAAAUGCACCUACUGAUAGUGAAAUAAAAGAGAAAAUGCUUACUCUUUUUAAAGAUGUGGAAAAUUCAACUGAGACUGCGGAUCAAGAGCAUAUUCCACCUGGUGAUAUGAAUACAGAAUUAGAGGUCGAGACACAAGAUGAAAAAGAGGAGUCGAUUGAAGAAGAGCAAAUGGAUAAAUCUGAUGAUACUGUGAAACUAAGUAGUGCCGAUAUCUCUAUUCUUAGAGGAAAUAGAGAUGAUCUUGGUAAUCCUGAGGGUAAUGGAGCUGAAGAUAAACCAAUACAGCUCAGACAGGAUUCUUCUGAUGACAUCAUGAAUAUUUCUGAUAGUACUGAGUACAGCGAUCUACCAAAAGUCGUGGAUAAUCCCAUGAAAAAUAGCAGAUCUAAUAUCGCCUCAAAUUCUUAUCCUGUGUUGUCGGAAUAUAUGAAAAAGGUCACUAAAACUUCAUCAGAUGAAUCUAGUUCUGAGAAUUCAAAUGCUAAAAUAACAGGCAAUGCUAAAUUUUAUUCUGAUUCUGAUCCAAACACUCCUCAGUUUUCAGAUGAUCCAGAAAAACUUCAACAUUUAGAGAAAUAUGUUCAAAGAAGACAGCAUGAACAUGAACCUGAAAAAUUAUCGGAACUUGGAUCACACCAACCAAGUAAUACAAGACUUGAAACUCUUCGUUCUGGUGGAGGUCCAAUUCACUCAACACCGUUUUCGUAUCCUCGUCAGUUACCAUUGUCUAAAUUGUCAGAAUCUGAAAUUCCUAAUGGUACUCUGAAUUCAACCAAAGCACCGUCGCUAAGUAAAGUUGAUAGCUUGCCGACUCCAGUAGAAAAAAGAUGCUCUCAUGAAAGUAAUAUCACUUUACGGAGUAGAAAUUCUGAUGUAAACAAUGCAACACCCACUGAGGAACUUAUCCAUGAAUCCUUAGCAGGUUCUGCUACAAACUAUUCACAACUGGAUCUUCCAGCAAAUUUGGGCGAUGAAGAAAUAUUGGAAAAAGUGAAGAGAGCAGUUGCUGUGAAUCAAGAUGAAAAAUUUACCAAUUCAAAGUCUAGUGGCCUCAGAGGGCCACACACUGUUUCUGAACACAGCAUUGCGAGCACCGUCGACAGUCUUGCAGCACAGGUUAAAAAUUUAUUGCGAGAAGAAUCAGCUCAACAGCACAUGAUAACAGGGGAUUUAUCAGAUAUCAACGUGAACGAAAUUUCUCAACAUUCUAAUUUCAGUGAUGAAAUAUCUAAUUUUGAAAAAACUAAUUUAUGGAAAUACACAAGGCAGUUUCUUCCUGGUGCCCUGACACCAUCUCGUGAAAUACAGCCUCUCACUAAAUUUGGACAGUCAUCCCCCAUGCAGGCUCGUGAAAUAGAUACGGAUUCAUCAGAUGUAAGUUCUCCAGAGACAUACCGAAUCUCAUUGACACAAACUCCUCAGUCUCUCAGAAAUUCGAAAUCAAAAACACCACCAGCGAUGAAAACUCUGUUUCGUCAACCAGGACAGUCAAAACCAAUGGAAGAAAAUAAAACUUCUCAUGAAAUGCCUGUUAUGAGAUUUUCUGAUGGCAAGCCUUCAAAUGAAGGAAAAGCAAGUAUAUCAGCUUCCUCCCGUCAUUCUUACCCAGUAGGGGGCUCAUCUACUCCUCAUAAAUCUUCGUCUAGAAUUGUCGGCCGUUAUGGUAAAUAUCCAAAAGAAAAUUAUGAUAUCUUCACACCACAAAACGAAAGUUACAAACAGCUUGAGCCAGAAGUUACACAAACUCAAACCCCUUAUUCAUUCAUUACACCAAGAAAAGUUGCAUGGGAGGAACCAGAAAAAGUUGAUAUUGUACCCGUAGUAAAAUACAGAAGUCCUUUACCUAGGCCUUCAAAACCGUGUACCACACAGAUUCCUCGCCGAAACCAGGAUAUGCAAGAAACAUCGUCAUACUUUCGACCAGAGCGGCUGAGAGGGGAACGACCAUUUCAUACAGAAAAAAGUCCCAGCAUAUCUUUGAGACAAGAUGGAGUGAAAUUGAAGAAACUAACACCUCAAAAAGAUGUUUCAAUCAAAAUGUAUGAACCACGGAUGCCAGACAAAUCUAGUGAAAAAUCAGUGAGAGAUACUAACAUAUAUACAUCUGAAGAUCAUAUUACCGUGAAAUCCUUGACUCCGCCUCACAGUUAUGAGAGAAGAAGACUUCCCGAAGCUCAAACAGAAAAUUUAAAAUUGUCAUCUUCCUUGAACCUCAAACAGUCACAGAAAUCAUCUCAACCGAAAUCGGUUCAUUUUAAGGAAAGUUCAUAUUCCUCACUCACGAGAAGCACUCCAGAAAAAAGUUUAGAAAGACCUAUGAGAAACCCUGAGUAUUCUUUUACCACUCCUCGAGUAUCAGGUUAUCAAUCUCCGAGAAACAUAACGCCAAAAAUUGUCAAAGAAAAACCUCGUAUUGGGAAAGUUCUUCCAACGUAUGAUCAACUUGUGGCUGAGCAGAAACAUCAAGAAAAACCGAAACAAGAAUCCGAUGUACCAGAGAAUGUACAAAAUAAGGGAGAAAAAAAAUCAGCUGGAAUUCAGAAACCUACGAAGGAUACAGAAAUUGAAGUGAACACAGACUUUUCACCUCUCGAACCAGAGUCUUGCUCUGAUGAUUCUGAUGAAGAAAACACUCUACUUGAGAAUUUAUCGACCCCAAAGCAUAAGAGGAAGGAAGAAAACCUCGACCUGAGUUUGAGUGACACUGAACUCCACCGUAGAACUACUUUGUCACAGUCUUCUGAUGAUAGUGAGGAUGAGAAAUCUGGGCAUUUCAGAAAUUCAGCUAAUGGGUAUCUGAGAUCCGACUUGAGUGACAGCAAUGAGAAAUAUGUUGAGAGAGAUCAGCAGUCUGUUUCAACUCCAUCUCCCACCCCCAUAGAACCUGCGCCUCUACCAUAUGUUCGUCUCGGAAAAGAGAAACCAACGAUGCCUCCAAUAUUUUCAGCUCCACAAAGGCACUCAAUAUCAACAGAAAAGGUGCAAAAUCUUCUCAUGAAAGAAAAGAAUGUUGGUAAACAGUCCACAAGAACAAGAAACACAGGUGUGAGUGCCAGUAUGCCUGUCACUAACAAAGAACCUUCUAGUUCAAGUUCUGAUGAAGAGCUCAUGAAUCUUCUUGAAACAUUUUCAACCAAAGUUCCAUUGAUGGAGAAGUUGUUACGAAAAUUAUACGAGAAAAAUCUUCAUAAAAAAUCUGAGAAAAUGUUCAUUGAACAUAGUCAACUUGAUGAUGGUGGUCAAGAGCUUGUCAACAAAUCUGCACAAACAUUACAAGAUGACAUCAGAGUACUUCGAACUAACUCAACAAAUAUCCCUCAACAAACGCAACGAAAUCGAAGAAAGAUUUAUGCUGAAUCUGCAAGUCAAACUUCAUUCACAAAACUAAGUAAUACUGAAGUGACGGAAGAAGGCAUUUAUUCAUCAUUUGAUAAGAGCAACCAAGUCACCCCGAAACAAGUUGUUGCUGAACGAAAAAACAAAGAAAAAAUAUAUUCAGGAGAGGGUAAAGAGAACAUACCUCAGAAGCAACAACCAUGCGCAUUUUUUGUUGAUCUAACGCCAGAGAAGCUUCCUAGAGAGCAGCCUGAUGAAAAAUUGAAUCAAUCUCCAGUCGCUUGGUAUGAACCUUAUGAGUAUAUGCCACCAUGGAGACAAAGAAGCAUGAGCAACAGGCCAAAGAUGGGUUUUGUUGAUGUCAACAUACAAGAUGCAUUUUUGGACAAGAAAAGAGAUUUUGUUUUGCGUUCAUGGGAAAGACAGGAAGAUAUUGCUUUACGCGCAGAAGAGAGGAAAUUAAAAGAAUUGGAAGAAAAGAUUCAUGAGCAGAUAUUAGCUCUCCAUAAUGAGCGAGCUGAUGUUUCACCGAGACCAUCUGCACAAGAAAUCGCUAAUGCUGCACCCAAAAAUAAAGCAGACAGAGUUUUUGGAUGGAAGGAGAUGAAGAUGUCAAGCAAAAUGAAAUAUGAAUCACUCCCUGAGGUCGUCGCAAGGAAGCGUGAUGCAGAAAGAAAGAAGUACUAUGAAGCAAAUCGGAAAAAAGCUCUUCAAUAUAAACGCAAAGUCACACAAAUGGUUUUACAAAAACAGAAGUCCAAACCGUCUGCUGGAGUUAGAUGAUUUUAAAAAUGUAGUUUUGAUUUAAUGAUUUGUCAUAAAGAUAUAUUUUUUAUAUCCCUAUUUAUAGUGUUUAUUGUUUCCAAGUUGUAGCUUGUAAUAUUCGCGUUACCCAUCAUUAACGUUGUUGUUAUAUCAAUAAAUUAUGCAGAGAGUGA